CUAAUAAAGUCAAGAAGAAGUCUCUCACCACCUUGUUCGUUGCUGUAGCUACGAAAAGAGCACGGAGGCGGACUUCGUUGUGUGACUGUAUUAUUAAUAAAUAACAAUGGCGCUUGAAUCGCGGAUUACACAGGAGGAAAUAAAGAAGGAGCCAGAGAAACCCAUCGAUCGGGAAAAGACUUGCCCCCUUCUCCUGCGAGUAUUUACCACCAACAGUGGGCGACACCACAGAUCAGACGAAUUUGCUCGGGGCAAUGUGCCCUCCAGUGAGCUCCAGAUAUACACAUGGAUGGAUGCUACAUUGAAGGAGCUUACCAGUUUAGUAAAGGAAGUGUAUCCAGAAGCCAGGAAAAAGGGGACUCACUUCAGUUUCGCCAUUGUCUUCCCUGAUCUGAGAGUAAAGAUGUACAAGUUGAAGGAGAUCGGCAGCACUGUGUCUGGGAGGAAAGGCCUGGAUGACGCCAUGACGCUGCAGUCUCAGCGUUUCCAGAUCGGAGACUACCUGGAUAUAGCCAUCACGCCGCCCAACAGAGCGCCGCCCCUCAACACGCGCAUGAGGCCUUUCUGAACGCCCUCUCACACUCUGAGAGAUGGAUCUUUAUUUUGUGUUUUCUCAUCUUAAAUUGUUUCAUUCAUUUGUAAAACCUGAUGUUUAAUAAACCUGGUUUUUUUUUUCAAAGA